AUGUGCCCUCUCGUCGAGCAGCAAGGAGAAAUCAUCGACAGCAUUGAAACUCAAGUCGACAAGGUUCAAGCCGACACCCGGGCUGGGUACGAACAAACCAAGCUUGCUUCCAAAUGGGCAGCGGCCGCCCGCAAGAAGCGGUGGAUAUGCUUUUUUAUCAUUGCCAUUGCGGUUCUUGCUAUCGUCGGCGGUGUUGUCGGGGGCAUUGUGGGCAGGCGAACUAAGUUUCCGUUAUUCCAGUUUCGAGUCCUUUGA